AUGAGUGCUGUAGCAUCUGGUGUCCAAACCAGUAACAAUUUGGACAAUAUUGAAGAACCUACCAUUGUUCAAAAAGGUAACAUUUCUUCAUUUGCAACUACCACUGCUAGAACUAACUUAACCACCAUUGACACUAAUGGUAAAGUCUUCAAGGUUCCAGAUUAUUCCAUCAAAGAUAUCUUAUCUGCUAUUCCAAAGCACUGUUAUGAAAGAUCUUUAAUCAGAUCUUUAGGUUAUGUUGUUAGAGAUAUCACUAUGAUGACUAUUAUUGGUUACACCGCUAAACAAGUCAUUCCAUUAGUAGAAAUUGCUGAUCAUCCUACUUUAAGUACUUACAUUAGAGGUGGUUUAUGGAUGUUCCAAUCUUACUUGAUUGGUUUAUUUGGAUUCGGGUUAUGGAUUUUAGCUCAUGAAUGUGGUCACGGUGCUUUCUCUGACUACCAAAACAUUAACGAUUUCAUUGGUUGGGUGUUACAUUCUUACUUGGUAGUUCCAUAUUUUUCUUGGAAAUUCUCCCAUGCUAAGCACCACAAGGCUACUGGUCACUUGACUAAAGAUAUGGUUUUUGUUCCUUAUACCAAGGAAGAAUACUUGGAAGUAAAGGGUGUUUCAAAAGUCGCUGAAUUAAUGGAAGAAUCUCCAAUCUAUACUUUCUUGGUUUUGGUUUUCCAACAAUUAGGUGGUUUACAAUUAUAUUUAGCCAACAAUGCUACUGGUCAAGUUUAUCCUGGUGUAUCUUGGUAUGCUAGAUCUCAUUACGCUCCAAGCUCCCCUGUCUUUGACAAGAAUCAAUACUGGUACAUUGUUUUAUCCGAUAUUGGUAUUCUUACCACUUUCACUGUUGUUUAUCAAUGGUACAAGACCUUUGGUUUGUUCAACAUGAUGGUUUACUGGUUUGUUCCAUGGUUAUGGGUUAAUCAUUGGUUAGUCUUUGUUACUUUCUUACAACACACUGAUCCAACCAUGCCUCAUUACAGAGCUGAAGAAUGGACCUUUGCCCGUGGUGCUGCUGCUACUAUUGACCGUAACUUUGGAUUUAUUGGUCAACACAUCUUCCAUGACAUUAUUGAAACUCACGUCUUACACCACUAUGUUUCCAGAAUCCCAUUCUAUAAUGCCAGAGAAGCCAGUGCAGCCAUCCAAAAAGUUAUGGGUGAACAUUACAGAUAUGAAGGUGAAAAUAUGUGGGUCUCGUUAUGGAAGUGUGUUAGAAGCUGUCAAUUUGUUGAUGACGAUAAAGAAGAUGCGAAGGGUGUUUUGAUGUUCAGAAACGUUAAUGGAAUUGGUCCAGUCAAACCUAGAGAUUAG